CAACAAUACUCCCCUCCCAAUGUUACCAAAAGGUCGCUUAAUACGGAGUAAUAAUAAACUCCCCACGAAAAUGAAACCAACAAACAAUCCCUCCAAAAGGUCUCAUCUCACCUUUACGCCUUCCCCUCCGUUCUUUCACUCCCAAAUUCUAUUUCGGCAAUGGCGACGGCAACGAAGAACAAGGGGAAGAUGAGAAUCCCACUCAAACUCAUCAUCCCGUCCCUCCUAUUUCUCAUCCCCUGUCUCGCCGCCGGCGCGCCGGGAUUCGACUACGCCGACGCGCUCUCCAAGUCUCUCCUCUACUUCGAGGCGCAGAGGUCGGGGCGGCUGCCGUACAGCCAGAGAGUGACGUGGCGCCACCAUUCCGGCCUCACCGACGGCCUGGAGCAGAAGGUGGACCUCGUCGGGGGCUACUACGACGCCGGGGACAACGUCAAGUUCGGCCUGCCGAUGGCGUUCACCGUCACGAUUCUGUCGUGGGGCGCGAUCGAGUACGGCGCGGAAAUCGCGGGUGCAGGCGAGUGGGAGCACGCGCUCGAGGCAAUCAAGUGGGGCACCGAUUACUUCAUCAAAGCUCAUACUAGUCCCAAUGUCUUAUGGGCCGAGGUGGGGGACGGAGACAGUGAUCAUUACUGCUGGCAGAGGGCGGAGGACAUGACGACACCCCGGCGGGCGUUCAAGAUCGACGAGAAUAAUCCCGGGUCGGAUCUCGCCGGAGAAACGGCGGCGGCCAUGGCCGCCGCCUCCAUCGUCUUCCGGAAAAGCAACCCGCAUUACUCCCACCUUUUAUUGCACCAUGCCCAGCAGCUAUUCGAGUUCGGGGAGAAGCACAGGGGCACGUACGACGAUAGCAUCGGAGUGGCGAAGAGCUACUACGCGUCGGUCAGCGGGUACAAGGACGAGUUGUUGUGGGCCGCGUUCUGGCUGUACCGAGCCACCGAGGACGAAGAGUACCUCCGUUACGCGGUGGACAACGCCGUCCCCUUUGGGGGCACAACUUGGGCCAUCUCCGAGUUCACUUGGGAUAUCAAAUACGCCGGUCUUCAAAUCCUCGCCUCCCACAUUUUGCACCCACUGACUUUUUAACACGUUUUGAGGUUCGACCUAUAAAAAAUUAUUUACUUUAAUUUACAUGAAAUUAAAAAGAUGAUAAUUUUAAAAUGGAAGAUAUAUAUGAUACGCGGAGUAUUGUGUAUUUUUCACUCUUUAAAUUUUUUUAACGCAUAAAUUUCUUAAUAAAAA